ACCCGGACAUUUUUUUCUUUAUUUCGGUGGCUCAAAGCGACGUUGCGGGGCUUUUGAAAUUGACGUGGAAAUUGCAGGGAAAGGAAAUAGAUAUUAGCCCGGUGUCAGCUAUAGGAAAGUGCACUGCCCUCAGGGGUUCUGAUUAAAAUGGUAAUGAGGACAGAAGUGUGUAGAAAAUAAAAGAGGCAAACAGAGAGGAAUGAAAUGCCACGUGAUGAAUGUUAGCGAGGCCUAUGGGACGGUAUUCACCCCCCCCCCUAAUAAGCCUUGAUUGAGCACGGGUUAGGGCGGCUCACUUGUGGGUCAGAAGACAGUUUAUGGAUAAAUAUACCUUAACCGCUGAGGUCUCUACGAAUAUGCUUAUUACACGGUCUUGCUCGUAAUUUAAGUUACGCUCCUCGGUAGGAGGGCUUACUGGGAGGGUGGCCCGACUAGAGGCAGAGUCUGGGCAGCGGCGUACGGGAGUAGAAAGAGGGAGCGGGCGGGGAGGCUCCUACGGGGCCGCCGCCCUUCCCCGAGCAUGUUACCUGUGCGACCGUCGAGGGCAUCUCGUGAGAGACUGCCCUCAGAUCGCCCGUGCUAGAAACGCGCCAGGGUUAAAUGCCAACGCCCCCUAGAGAAUGGACCACCUAGAGGUGAGCGAGUGACCGCCACACAGAUUCCGACCACAACACCCAAGGACGCGGUGAGGACGGGCGACUGGCUGCGGGAGCUGGUGGUGGGAAUCACGGGGGCCGCGUCGCUGGUAGAAGGGCAGGUGAACGGACAGCGCACCCGGAUUUUACUGGACACGGGAGCGGUGGCCUCACUCGUGAGCGCCACACACUCAAGCGUGCUCGGGGUUGAUGUGAGCUGCCUGCAGGCCCCGGAUCGCGCACUGCACACGGCGAGUGGAGCCGGGAUGGGGUUGCUGGGGAGAAUCUCCCUCGAGGUCCGUCUCGGGCACCAGACGUGCACCCAGGAAUUCUAUGUCUCGAGUGUGUUGUGCCAUGAGUGUAUCGCAGGCACAGACCUCCUGGAGAAACUGGGGCUCAACGUGCAGCCCCGCCAGCGAUGUGCCACGGUGGAAGGCAGCAGAGAGCGGAUUCCAUUCCUAGGACAAGAGCCGAAUCGCCCCUGCUUCACGCCCGUGGCCGCUACUCUGGUGUCGGCCGUCACCAUCAGCCCGCUUGCCGAGAUGCUGGUGCCCGUGGCAACACCCUCCACUGACCCCACACACAGACCAUUGGGCGAGGUAAUGCUAACUCCUCACCCGGAGUUGGCGGCACGGUACGGAGUUGUGGGAUCAGCCACGCUGGUCAACGCAGAUGGAGGCCGACUGUUUAUGCGGGUAUUUAACCCACACAGUACCCCAGCAAUGCUACAACGACGCACCCCGGUAGCCACCAUACACCCCCUGCAUGCGCGCCAUUCUAACGACUCAGUAUUUGCACUCUGGGCUGAGGACCCCGGGCGCCCCGAGGACAACCAGGACCUGGCCUGGCGAGUCGGCCCGACUCCCCAAGCCGAGACCGUUCCCCUGCUUGACGCGUUACACGUACCCUGGGCAGAGUUACCUAAGAGGGAGGCCGAUCAGCUGCGCGGGUUACUGCGGGAGCACGCUCACGUGUUCAGUGAACAUGACUCGGAUGUGGGUCGGACAGACCUUGUGAAGCACCAAAUUGACACCGGUGCUGCCCGACCCAUUAAAAUCCCCGCAUACCGAGUGGGCGCACCUGAACGGGGCCAGAUUAAAGAAGCAGUUGUGGAUAUGCUCCGCGAAACAAUCCAGCCCUCAGCGAGCCCCUGGUCUGGCCCGGUGGUACUAGUGACAAAAAAUGAUGGGUCGACCCGAUUCUGCGUUGAUUACCGGAAGUUGAACGCAGUCACCCUCGGCGACGCUUUUCCCAUUCCACGCAUCGAUGACACCUUUGACAGUCUCGCAGGAGUGCGAUAUUUUUCCACCCUCGAUCUGGCGUCUGGGUACUGGCAGGUGGAGAUGGCGGAGGAGGAUCGGCCAAAAAACGUAUUUACCACCCCGAUGGGACUGUUCGAGUUUCGGGUGCUGCCGCUCGAACUCACUAACGCGCCCGUGACGUUCCAGUGGUUGAUGGAGUUGGUGAUGCGGGGCUUGCAGUGGGAGCGUGAGGUGGGGUAUCUCGGACACCGAGUCAGCAAGGCAGGGGUGCGCACCGUUCCGGAGAAGUCCGACCGUAUUUGUACAGCAGGAAAUGUCGGGUACGCACCGACCAUUAUGCCCUGCAGUUUCUCCUUACAUUCAAGGAACCGCGGGGGCAGAUGGCCCGAUGGUUGGCGCAGUUGCAGGAGUACAACUUGCAGAUCGAGUACCGGGCCGGGCGGACGCACGCACGCAAACGCGGACGCCUUGUCAAGGCGGCCUGCGGUGUGCGCCGAGGAGGCCUGCCCGUGCUUCACGUGGGGAUGCUGCCGACAGACAACGCCCCCCCAGGAGCGCGCUGAGACUAACCCUCCUCCGAUGAGAGAAAGUGCAGUAUGUGCCACAGAGACCCCGGCAGGAGGAGCCAGGGGCCCGGUGGACCACCCGGCGGUCAUGGAGCCCACACCCCGGGGCCCGACGGGCCGCUCAACCCCGCCCGUUCGGAUCCAAGAGGACGUCGGCUGUGCAUUUCCAGGCCUCGACGACGAGCAGCUGAGACAGACCAAGCAGCGGGAUCCGGACCUGGCGGCGGUGGAGGCGGCCCUACGGGAGAAAAAGGUUGCCCUACCAGGACCCUGGAGCGGUUUGUAUGCCCGGUUGUGUGUAGAGAACGGAGUGGUGAGGGAACAAACCGAAGCUGGACAGCCGGGGUGCAUCUGUGUCCCCGCCCAGGUGCGGCCCCAGCUGCUACGGUUAGUGCACGACCACCCGCUCGGGGGCCAUGAUGGGGAACGACGCACUCGGGAGACACUACGUCGCCAGUAUCUCUGGCCUAAAUUGGCGCAAGACGUGGCCACCUGGGUGCAGGGCUGCCGGGACUGUCAGCAGUGUGGGCAGAAACCGACGCGGUACCAGGUACCCCUGAGACCGUUCCGCGUCAGUCGGACGAACCAGCUGCUUGGGAUCGACCUACAGGGACCAUUCCCACGAUCCCACCGAGGCAACCGGUACAUUCUCGUGGCAGUGGAGUAUUUCACGCGCUACCCCAUGGCAAUGGCCAUCCCAGAUAAAACGGCCUUUGUGGUCGCCCGGGGAUUCGUGGAACACUACGUGCUUAAACAUGAUCCCGAACGAGUCAUUACUGACCAGGGCAGUGAGUUCAAGGCGGAGCUAUUCCAGGCGCUGUGCCGGGAGUUUGAAAUCCAGAAAGACCGAACUACGGCGUAUCACCCCCAGGCAAAUGGGAUGGUGGAGCGUAUGAACCAGACCCUAGCUGGAAAGCUCAAACAUAUGGCGGCCACCAAUCAACAGGAUUGGGACGAACACCUCCCCUAUGCCCUAUUUGCCUAUGACACCACGGUGCACACAUCUACGGGACAGACCCCGUUCCGAAUGAUGUUUGGCCGUGAGUCUCGCCUCCCCGCAGAUCUGUUGUUUGGCGUUCCCCCACCGCAACGGGAGGAGGGGAGCCGCCCCGUGGAACACCUGAUGGAGACUCUACGAUGGGCCCGAGGCCGAGCCUACCCGCAAGGAGAGGCCGCGCACCAGCAACAAGAGUAGAGCGCCCGACCCCGUAUGGAGCCUCCCUUCUACUCGGCGGGCUCUAAAGUGUGGCUGCACACUCCUCGCGUCGGGGCCGGACAGGUGGGGAAGCUGACCACCUACUGGCGGGGACCCUGGACCAUGGGACGGCAGAUCUCCCCCUGAACGGUGCUGAUUCAGGGAGGAGAGAAGGGCCGGGAGAUGGUGGUCAACGUCCAUUGACUAAAACCAUGGCGAGCAGCUCCAGCGGGGGGGAACCCCACCGUUCAAGUACCCCGAAACCCCGGGGUCCCCACACCCCCCAUACCCGGGGGC